CUUCUCUAUUUGUUCGUUUUAAUGCAAACAAAUUUUAGACCGAUGUGUAUUUUAAGGCCAGUCUGGAUGCAACAAUAAUUCUAAUCGCUUUCGCAGGGAUUUAUUUCGUGUUCAACGACGAAAUAUUGCCUGCUACCUAUGCGAACUACAUUUCACUCUGCACUGUAUACUGAAAACCUUUCCAAAUGGGAACCACAAACGAGCCGGAAACGAACCAAAUCGAUCAAGCCAUCAGUGAACCACACAAGGUACCAGUAUGGGCAUUCUGGAGAGCCAGGCGUUACGUCCUGACUCUGUGGAUAUUCCUUGGAUGCGUCAACGCUUAUUCCCUACGAGUCAACCUUAGCGUGACUAUAGUUGCCAUGACUCAACCCAGGAAUUUCACAUUAUCCAACGGCACUGUUUAUUUGGAGAGAUACUUCGAUUGGGACACCAAGAUUCAAGGUUACCUACUCAGCUCGUUCUUCUACGGUUACGUUUUCACGCAAAUGAUCGGCGGUUAUUUAGCUGUUAAGUUCGGAGGAAAGCCAGUCUUUGGGGUGGCAAUCGGCGUAGCUUCACUCAUAACUGUACUAUCCCCGUUCAUGGCGAAGAUUCACGUUUACCUGUUCCUAGCUGGAAGGGUUGCCGUGGGGAUAUUCGAAGGUAUGACUACUCCAAGCAUCCAAAAUCUGUUUACUAGGUGGUAUCCACCGUUGGAGAAGGGUAAAUUGGUGACUAUUUGCUUGUCCGGAUCGUAUAUAGGUACUGUUAUAUCGCUACCUUUAUCAUCAUUUCUUGCAACAACUUUGGAUUGGGAGAGUGUAUUUUACAUUUCCGGAGCAGCUGGUUGUAUUUGGACAGUAUUUUGGCUAAAAAUAGCCAGGAAUAAUCCCUCGGAGGACCCACACAUAAGCGAAAAAGAACUGACGUACAUAACAGAAUCGCUGAAAGUGACCAAAAUAAAUAAACCUUCGUUAAGGGUGCCAUGGCGUUCGAUUUUGUCUUCCAAGCCGGUCUGGGCUGCAUCUGCAGGUGUUACCUGCGAAAUUUGGGGAUAUUACACGCUAUUAACGCAACUACCGAAGUUCAUGAAAUAUUGCCUUCAAUACGAGCUGGAUUCUGUGGGAAUAAUGUCAGCUCUUCCGUACAUCGCGGUCGCGAUACUUCUGCAAUUAUCCGGGCAAUUGGCGGAUUACUUCAACUCCAAGCAGUACCUAACGCUGACGCUAUUGAGGAAGUCAUUCGUCGCUGUCGGUUUCAUGGGGCAGUGCCUUUUCCUGGUGCUCUCCGUGCACUGGAUGUCGAAAUUCGGAACGGUAUUCUGUCUGAUAGUAGCAGUAGGUUUCGGAGGAAUAGCAAUGUCGGCAUUCUGCGUGAACGUGAUAGAUUUGGCGCCCAAUUACGCCCCCGUCAUUACAGCUAUGGCGAACACCUUUGCGACCUUUCCGGGAAUAAUCAGUCCUAUUCUAACCGGGUAUCUUGUAACAGAUGAGAGAAACGUGGAACAGUGGAGGAUUGUGUUUUAUAUUACUGCUGGAAUUUAUUUGUUGGGUUCUGUAAUAUUUCUGUGUUGCGGCUCCGGAGAGUUGCAAUCGUGGGACUCCGAGCAAUGGGUGAAAACGAAAAAACUAACCAGUGAAGAGGGUUGUAAGAAUAACGCUUUCGAGAGCGACGAGAAAUAGUGAUUUUACACGUAUUAUUUCAAGACAAAUCGAAGAAACUAAAGAAAGACGAUGAUUGUGCGAUUGUUACUUUUAAUGUGAUUUUAUGUUGAAGCGAGUUAUUUUGUAUUAAAUUUUUAUUAGUUACUUAUGUUUUCCACAAUUACUAAACCUCUUAAUAAAUAAUUGCAAUCGGAA